AUGACGGCAGAGAAUUCUUUUGCUGAGAAUCAAAUUGUUGUUGAGAGCUCACAUCCUCUCUACUUGAGUCCUUCGGAUAAUCCUGGAACAAAUUUGGUAUUCACGUUAUUUGACGGAACUUGGUAUGCAGAUUGGCGCAAAUCAAUGUUGAUUUCUCUAUCAGCUAAAAACAAAUUAGGAUUGAUCAAUGGAAGACUUCUCAAACCUAGAGAUGAUUCUCUAUAUUUCGAGCUUUGGACUCGAUGUAAUGAUAUGGUGAUGGCUUGGUUAUUAAACUCCUUGACAAAAGGAAUUAGGUCAAGUGUUCUUCAUUCCAAUUCUGCAAGGGAUCUUUCGAAACAACUUGAAGACAUGUAUGGACAAUCUGAUGUAGCUCAAUUUCUUGGCCUACAAAAGAAAUUAUUAGAAACUGUACAAGGAUCUAAUGAUAUAGCAGCCUAUUUCAAUAAUAUAAAAGCAAUCUGGGAUGAGUUGAAUGCAUUGGAUGCAAAAAUUCCAUGUACUUGUGUUGAAUGCAUAUGUGAAGCAAAACAUAAGAAUAAGGCAAUUGAGGAGAGACAGAAAUUAGUUCAAUUUCUUAUGGGACUGAAUGAAAUAUACACUGCUUGUAGAGGAAAUAUAAUGAUGAUGACUCCUACACCAAAUAUUGAUAAGGCAUAUUCUUUACUUCUUCAAGAAGAAAGACAAAGAUCUAUUCAACCUAUAAUGAAUUCUCCUAUGGAUUCGAGUUCAUUUAAUGCAUCAACACAGAAAUUUAGAUAG